AUGGAGUUGUUUUCUGUUCCAUUUCCUUCCCCACUUUCCUUGCUUUAUAUCUUUCUCAUCAUCGUGACUAGCUCUUUUUGUUGUGUGCAACCACUUUGCCACAACGAAGAGAGCACUGCCUUGUUGCAAUUCAAAGAUAGCUUUAUCUUUCAUGAAUAUAAUUGCAAUAAGUACCCUGGGUUUCAACCCAAGAUCACAUCGUGGAAACCAAAAGGGGACGAAGAUUGUUGCUCAUGGGAUGGUGUGAAGUGUGACGAGAAAAGUGGACAUGUAAUUGGCCUUGAUCUCAGCGAUAAUUGCCUUUCCGGUUCUAUCAACUCCACCAGCACUCUUUUCCAACUUUCUCAACUCCAAAUGCUUAAUCUUGCUUACAAUGAUUUCAAUUACUCUCGAAUCCCAUCCGCGUUUGGUGAUCUUUCAAGGUUAGAGUAUCUCAACCUCUCUAAUGCCUAUUUUUAUGGUCAAAUCCCACUCGCAAUUUCGCAACUCUCGAAUUUGAUUUCGCUUGAUUUGUCUCUCAAAAUCGAUUUCUUUACUGAAAAUAAUUUAUUGAAACUUGAAAAGCCAGGUUUAAGUAGCUUAGUUCGCAAUUUAACUAAGCUAAAAGAACUUGAUCUCGAAGCUGUUGACAUCAACUCGGAAGUGCCUUCUUUUUUAGGAAAUUUAUCUUCUUUGACAUAUCUUUCUCUUGGAUUUUGUGGGUUGUGUGGUCAAUUCCCCAAUGCUAUUUUUUCCCUUCCAAAUCUACAAGUUCUUAGGUUAGCAAGGAACCAACAUCUUGGUGGGUACUUACCCGAAUUUCACAGUGGUAGUCCUCUCAAGGAAAUAUCACUCUCUGAAACAAAUUUCUCCGGUAACAUACCUUCAUCAAUCGAAAAGCUCAAGUACUUGACUUAUUUAGAAGUUGAUAAUUGUAGUUUUACGGGGUUGAUUCCGGCUUCACUUGGUAAACUAACUAGGCUUACUGAUUUGGUGCUUGCAGCAAACAAGUUUAGUGGUGAAAUUCCUUCCUCACUUCAAAACUUGACCCACUUGAAUAAUUUAGUACUUGGUUGGAAUCAACUAACUGGUCAACUUCCUCCUUGGCUAGCAAACCUAACCCAAUUGACUUCCUUAGUUCUUGAUCGUAAUAAUCUAACUGGCAUCGUACCACCUUCGUUUUUUGGACUUAGAAAUCUAAAACAUCUUGGUCUUGGAGGAAAUAAGUUGAGUGGCAGUGUGGAUUUUGACAUGUUUUUGGGAAUGAAGAAUCUGAUCGGUCUUAUACUUCAAGAGAACAAUUUAUCGGUGCUCACUAGAACCAAAACUCACAAUGCAACCAUUCCAAAGUUUGAAAUUUUAUUUUUAGGUUAUUGUAACUUAAGAAUGUUCCCUGAUUUCUUAAGGUACCAAAAUAACCUAAUAACCUUGGGUCUUAGAGGAAACCAAUUGUCUGGGCAAAUACCCAAGUGGAUGUGGAACAUUAGCUUGGAAACUAUACUGCUUAUAGACAUUUCCGAUAACAAUUUGAUCGGCUUUGACCAAUCUCAACUUAUCAUUCCUGGGGUUAGUCUUGGUAUAUUGGAUCUUUCUUUUAACAUGUUAAAAGGAAAACUGCCAAUUCCUCCAACUUCCAUCUUUGAGUAUAGAAUCUCAAAUAACGAACUAAGUGGAGAAGUCUCACCCGCAUUUUGCAAUCUUACUUCCCUCAAAUUUCUUCACUUGUCCGAUAACAAACUGAGUGGUGUCCUUCCACAAUGUUUGAGAAAUGUCACCAACUCAAUGUUCCUCUUGGAUGCGAGCAACAACUCUUUUCAUGGUAAUAUUCCAUCUCUAUGUGAAAGUGGAAGCGAAUUGAGGAUGAUCGACCUAAGCCAUAACCAAUUUGAAGGGCGUUUACCACGAUUACUGCCUGAUUGUAGGAUGCUCGAGGCUGUCAAUCUCGGGGACAACAAAUUUCAUGAUGUCUUCCCUUCAUGGUAUGGGACUCUUCCGGAGCUAAGAGUGCUGAUAUUAAGAUCAAAUAGGCUUUAUGGAGUUAUAAGAGAGCCGAUUUUCAGUCAUGAGUUUCCUAAUUUGCGCAUUGUUGAUCUCUCUGAGAAUAGUUUCGAGGGCACUUUGCCAUCCGAAUAUUUCAAAAUAUGGAAUUCCAUGAAAGCUAUUGAUGCUACCAAUUCAUCAUAUAUGAAUGAAAACGCAACCUUACAUGGAAAAUCAAUGUCAUGGCGUGGUGAGUUUGUUUACUCGAUCACAUUAACAAACAAAGGUACGUUUUUGUCCUAUGGAAAGAUCCGAGACAAUUUUGUUUUCAUUGAUUUGUCAACAAAUAAAUUCAAAGGUGAGAUUCCGGAAUGCAUUGGGAACUUAUCUGGGAUUCAUGUUCUCAACUUUUCCCACAACAAUUUAAGUGGUAGCAUCCCAUCAUCCUUGGGGAAUUUAAAAGAGCUUGAGUCAUUGGAUUUGUCUCAAAACAAGUUCUCUGGAGAGAUUCCUCAGCAACUUGCACAGCUUACAUUUCUUUCACGUUUCAAUGUCUCUCAUAACUUUCUCAGAGGAUCCAUACCCAUUGGAAAGCAGUUUGAUACGUUUGAAAACAGCUCCUAUGAGGGAAACUUGGAGUUAUGUGGUACUCCAUUGACAAAGAAGUGUAAGAAUUUUGAGACCUUCCAACCACCAAAUUCAAUUUCUGACCAAGUGCAAGAUUCAGGGAGUUCUUUUGAAUUGGAUUGGAAAUUUGUUGCGAUUGGUUAUUGCACUGGAGCAGUGGUGGGAAUGGUUAUUGGCCACUAUGUCAUCAAAAAGAAUCCCUACCUUUUUUUCAAAACUUUUGGCUUGAGGCAACAUAAUGGGAGGAGAAGGAGGCGGAGGAGGACAUAA